ACAGACAUAUUGCUGAUGAAAAAGGAUAGUACUCAGAAAUGUUAAUCACCGUGAUCUAUACAUUGUAUUAAUCGCGACAAAAAUGGAAGAUGAGGAAGCUUCAAAACAGGGGCUGUGGAAAAAUUUCACCGAAACAAAUGGAUUUCAUGGUUUGAAUAAAAUGACCUUUGACAAGAAAGAUCCAGGACGGGUUAUUCGAAGCGUAUGCUGGGCAGUAGUAUGGCUAUUUAGUGUUGCUGUCCUCAUAUAUAUCAUUACAACUGAGUUAAUGAACUACUACAGCUACCCGUGGAUUUCUUCCACGUACAUCCGAUGGGAUAAAAGACCCCCAUUUCCUGUCGUGACAUUGGCAGCUUGUCAUGACAAUACAUACGAUUUGUCCUUGACAUCUGUCACUUUUGACGACAAAUUGAUAAAUAUCUCGGAUGUACCAGUUGUUGAAUAUACAGAUUUCAUCUCUUUUGAGACGUUUUUUUUGGGUAAAUGCUCCAGUCGGAGAUUCAAUGCAAAUAGCAAGAAGUUAACUUUUCGGUAUGGAAGACGGACUAGUCUGCUUUUUGAAACAACAGCCGCCAAGGAAUUACAGAUUGCUGUGCAUAGUCCUGAAGAGGAGCCAGAAAUGUAUACACUAGACGGUAUUUCUGUUGGAGAAGACACUGAAACAUUUAUAGAAGUGCACAAAAGGGAGGUGAACCUAUUUUUACUUAAAUUGAAGUUGAAGCAAUAUGUGCUACGGGAUCAGGAUUUCACUCUGAUAUCUGUUGAUCAAUUCAAAAUUCAAAUAUUAUCAUGAA